AUGCUUGCCAACAUUGUUGUUGUACUCAUGAUGACAAUGUUUUAUGUGGAUGGCCAAGGAACUACAGCUCAAUGUCCUCAACGUAAGUUUAUAUUCUAGUAAAAUGAAAGUUAGAAAACCUCGAGUUUAUUUUAAAAUAGAAAUUUUAACAUUUAAGAUUUUUUUGAAGUUACAGUAACCCUACAGUAACCCCAAAAAAUAUUUUUUUUGCAAGUUUAUAAAAUACGUUUUGUAAAGAAUCAAAAAUGAUGAUUUGUCCCAAAAUUUUAUGUUGAUAUGGUCAAAAAUGGCAAAGUUACACUGCUUUGAAAAUGUCAAAAAUCAAAAAAGUUCGAAUCCGCUUAGAUGCUUUCGUAAAAAAAUUGUAAAAAAUAAAAGAAAACCACAGUAAAACGAUUUUCAGAACCCUUAAUGGUAAAUGGAAUGAACUUGUGUGGAGAAGGUCAAGUUUAUGACGCCACACAACAAUUAUGUUGUUUUACCAACACUAAUACCAACACCAAUACUCAAACUACACAAGAGUACUGUGAAAGUACGUUUAUUUAUUUUAUCAUUAGGUGUCAUUCUUUGACUGCUUUUUAUUUGUUAUCUAAAAAUCAAAAUUUGUAGUUAUAAUGGCUUUUUUGAUCUUUUGUUACCUAAAAAAAAUUUUUUUCAAAAAGUCAAAUUCUUCCAAAAAAAUUUCAUUUUCAGCGCCCCUAAUCGUGAACGGUAUGUCAAUCUGUCCGCCCACUCACCCGCUGAACCAGGCCAAGGGUCAGUGUUGUGGCUCCACGCCAAUCAAUGGUAAUAGUGCCAAUGGAAAUUGUGUUGACCUGUCGAUUACCGGUCGGCCGAACGAUUGUGUUCAGAACGCCAAUUUGUGUAACAAUACCGUCUACUACGACUUGAUGACACAACAAUGCCCAAAGACUUGUAACCGGUGCUCGGCGAGUACGAGUACUCAGAAUGGGAAUGCCAUUCCCGGCUGUGUGGACGGUACGAACGCGAAGGGAGUGUCGGAGUGUCCCGACAACAAGGCCAAGUGUGAUUUGCCGUUGUGGCGUGAGUUCAUGACCAAGGAGUGUCCUGCCACUUGUAAUCGUUGCAACACUAAUCCGGUACCAGUUAUUCCACCCAGUGGUGGUGCUACGACUACUAGUACUACUACAACUACCACUACUACUACGGUUCCUCCUGGACGUUAA